AAAACGUACGUUACAUUUUAGCGUGCAAAUGCUCUAAGAUUGUACUGUUUGUUCCUUUUCAAACCACUUUGAAUAUUUAGAUGGCACUGGUGGGUUACAUUAACUCUCAAACCCCUGGACAUAUUUUAAAUUGUUAUGAAAGCUUUUGUGGUGGAAAUCUCAUCACCUUUCCGUGUGUUGAACCUCCACCUGUAGACAAAAUACAAUGCAUGGUUUGCCGUAAACCCAUGGACUUUAUUAUGCAGUUAUAUUGCCCGAUUGGCGAUUCAAAAUAUCACAGGACCCUUUAUAUUUUUGUAUGCAUUAAUGGUCCUUGUCAAUCCAGUGGAAACAACUGGAAAGUUUUGCGUUCACAAUACCUCAUAAAAUUCGAUCAAGAUUUUCAAUCAAAACCAUGCACAAAUUGGGGUGCUGACUAUGAAAAUGAUAGUUCUGAUGGGGAAAGUUGGGGUCAAGAUGAAGAUAAAGGUUCAAAAACUCAUUGUAAAAUCGAAAAUCUAAAUGAACAAUCAUCUUCUCUUAACGGUCGUUUUCAAUGUUAUUCAAUUGACAUCUACGAAGAUACUAUUAUUACUACCACUAGUAGUAGUCAUACUACAGAACCUGAAAUAGACACAGCAUACCAUAAUGAUGACGAUAUUGAAGUCAAUUCCAGUUCACCGUCCAUUAAAAACAUCCUAUCUAAAUGGUCAGAAAAAGUUUUAAUCGAUCAAGAAUUCAUUGAAGAAGAUGAUAAUACUGGCCCUGAAUCUUUUAGUGACGGAUUAUUAUCUCACAUUGCUAACAGAGGAGAGUAUGGAUGUGAAGAUAUUCGUUAUUGGUGGUCUGGACAACCGAUUUUCAAUGGUCUACCUCCAAGUGAUUUAGUCAAUUAUUCAACUUGUCAUCGAUGUGGUUCAGAACGAGUAUUUGAAUUACAAAUUUUCUCUACAAUUAAUAAUUCUCUUAAGGUAUCAACUUUAUUAAACGAUGAGUUUGACGGAUUAAAUGUUAGUUGGUUAUUAAAUAUUGUCACAGUAUUAAUAUUUACUUGUCGAAGCUCAUGUUGGUCACAAACAACAGAUGAUUGGAUAGAAGAAUGUGUUAUAGUCCAAACAGAUAAAAAUGUAACUAAGAUCAUCUGUCCAUCAUAGUAAUAAUGAUUAGUCUGUAAAUAUGUAUUAUACUGUAUAUAUCUAUUGUUUUAAUUAUAAUAAUACUUAUCAUUGAAAUAGCACGUUUCCUUCCUCAAUAACCAUGUGGUAAAACUUAGUAUUGUUUGUUUGAAUCU